UCAUCAGGGAAGCUACAUCUGACGAUAUUCAGUAUUAACACAGAUGCUGUGCACGAAUGUAUCUGUAAGAGUGAGGUGUCUUCUCUUCCUUCAGAGAUGGAGUCUCAGAAUCCAAACCUGAUCUGCGCCAUAUGCCUGGAGCGUUUCCGGAUCCCUGUAACCAUCCCCUGCGGUCACACCUUCUGUCAAAAAUGCAUCACCACUCACUGGGACACCAAGAGCAAGUCUGACAUCGGACCUCAUUGCCCAUUCUGCAAAGAGGAGUUUGAGUCCAGGCCCAUUCUCAAGCGUAAUGUGUCCCUGUCGGUCUUGACCGAGGCUGCAAACAGCACCGGCCCCUCCUGUAGAGAGGCGCUCAUGAGGGGAGGCGAAGGGGCAAGAGCCAUGCUGCUGUGUGAUCGCCAUAAAAAGCCUCUGGUUUAUUACUGCAGGCAGGACAAAAUGUCUGUGUGCUACGAGUGUGGCAUCUGUGAAUGCACGAACCACGACAAGGUCUUGUUGGAGACAGAAAGGGAGAAUCAAGAGCUGCUGCUGGAAAGGAAGAGCAAGGAGGUGGGGAAACUCACGGAAGAGACGCAGAAAAGUAUAAAUGAGUUGGCUGAGAAUAUCAAUCAAGCUAAGGUGACCCUUCAGCAGACUUCCAACUGGGUCAAUGCCAAGUUCUCCUCCUUGAUAAAGAUACUUGCUGAGAAGCAGGAGGCUACAGAGCUCUUUAUCGAGGAGCAGAAAGAAGGUGCUAUCACUGAGGCGGAGGCACGACUAGCUGAACUCAAGGAGCGUUCCCAGAAACUCAGAGAGACCCAGGAACAGAUAGCAGCUGUACAUAACCUCCCUGAUACAGAGCUCAUCAAGGAAUCACUGGUCAUAGAAGUUCCACGUUUCAAAGAUAUUCCCACAGAUGUAACAUCAAACCUUCAAGAUCGAUUAAACAGCGUCACAGAUGUCCUGUCGCGAGUCUCCAAGCUGGUGUCUGAGGACUUGGAGAAAGCUGUGAGCACCGCUGUGGGUCCGGACAAGGAUGGUUCCCCUCAGGAUAAGAGGCCAGUCCUAGCUGUGGUUCCCAGUCCAGCUGCUCCAUGCCACCCUGGUGGGAAGGAAGGCCUCAGUGCUUACAGAUGCUCUCUGACCUUUGACCCUCGCACAGCCAACGGCCACCUGUUUCUGUCCCAGGAGAACCGUAGGGCGGAGCACCUCACCUCUGGGCCACGCCCCGUCCCAGCCCACGAAGCCCGCUUUGAUCACACCUGGCAGGUGCUCUGCUUUCAGGGCUUCACCCACGGACAGCACUACUGGGAGCUGGAGGUGUCCAAGCCCUGGGCCUACCUUGGGGUAACCUACGACACCAUCCCCAGGAAGGAAAAGGGCAAGAGGUGCAUGGUGGGUAUGAACGAACUGUCCUGGAGCCUGCAGCUGGACGAGCAUCAGCUCAGCGCCUGGCACAAUGGCCGACGGGAGACCCUGGCCGGUCACUCCCAGCACAGUCGCAUCGGCAUGCUGCUGGACUACGAGGCGGGGACGCUCACCUAUUACGGAGAUGGGCAGACCAGGCUCCAUGCCUUCCACUGUGCCUUCAGCCAGGAGCUGUUCCCUGCCUGCUGGAUAGGAGAGGGGGUCAGCAUCACUCUCUGCUCCACAUGAGCUGACUCAUAAAGAGACGUGAAGAAGGGAGCUCAGUAACAAGAAGCACUAUCAAACAUGGGCACUAGCUGACUCAACAUAGACGAUCCUCCUUAACCAUUUUAGAGGUUUUUAAAUCUUUCUUUUUUCUCUUUGCAACGACUGCCUUCCUACAUUUGAAGCAGUAGAACUUACUGUAAUGAGCCUACUCCCCCGAAACUGACCACCUGGCUUUGGUUGAUUCACGUUAUUACUUACCACAUGACAAUAACAGCUAAGGUAACAGUCACAAACUCUGGUCCUAAAGGUUCUAGUUUAAGGACAGCACUACUUCAUUCUGGUUUGUUUGUUUUUUCCUUCAAAGUAUGUGUGAAAUAACCCUCAAUUUUAGAUUGUUACGGCUUUUAGGUAGGAAAAGAUCAAUCUACACAACUCAGUGUGUCAGAUUAUUGUACUUUCACAACAUAACAUUGAGUUCCCUUGUUCUGCUGCAAGGCAGUACACAUUUAUAACAGGUGAAUGGGCUCACAGGCAAAUAAGACAUUAUAAAGGGUAUCAGAUGAACAGAUGAACACAGUGGUUAGUUUAUCCACUGUGUUGCUUUGAGAGUGCUACAACUACAACUAAACUGAAUACUCCUGCAUUAUUUGAUUGAACCCGAAGUGUUAAGUAAGUGCCAUUUGGCUGGUGACAGUGUUUUCCGCCAACUUAUGUUGCACAUGUCAGACUUUUACUGCCCCUGACUGUAGUCUGCUUUGAAGAAAUGGUUCAGAAUUUUUUGGGAGAUCUGCUUAUUUGCUUUUUUGCUGAGAGUUAGAAGAGCAGAUCAAUACCACUCUCAUGUCUGUGUGGUGAAUAAGAAGCUGCAGCUAGCAGCCUGUUAGCCUAGCUUAGCGGAAAGACUGGAGACAUGGAAACAGAUAGCCUGCUCCAAUGUAACAGAAUCUGCAUCCCGGUAUUCUGAAGCUCACUAAUCAACAUGUCCCCUGGAAAAGUCGAAGACAUAGUCCAACGCAUAACCUUAAGUGGUCAUUUUUUCAAGUUGGUUAUUCCAUGGACUUAAAAAAAAACAAAAAACAAGAUGGUAUGUGUUAUUCAGUGAGGUGCUGGCUGGUGAGCGUAGUUCCAUUUGGACAACCAGGCUGUUAUGAAGUCUUUAUUUGAAGCCAACCUUUUGGCAGCUGUAGCCUUAUAGUAGACGUACAAACAUGGAGAUGCAUCGAUCUUCAAAGUCUUGACAAGAAAGUGAAUAAGCCUUUUUUCUUAUGGGAACAGAGCCUCUACUUUUCUUCAGCCAGUGUGGUUCCUCUAAUGUGGAGCUCGACAUGGGUGAAGCAAAGUGUUAGAAAGACAAAACAUUUCUGCAAUAACGAGAAGCCAUUUGUUGAGGAAUUGCUAUAACAUAAUCUUUACGAACAGGUAUCUUCCUAUUUAUGCAGAAUCUGUGGCAACAAUGGGACAAAAUUGCUACUGGAAGUGUAGUCUGUUUGUAGCCUGUAGUAUAGACCAAUCACAUUAAAGUAGCACAUAAAAGGUUUGAAAUGCAAUCUCAGAACCCAUCGGCUAUUGUGUGAUGACAAGUUAGCUUUUUUUUUUGUGUGUGUGUUAAAUUACAUCCCAACCCUCACCUAUGGUCACGAGCUCUGGGUAGUGACCGAAAGAACGAGAGACAGGGUGAGGAGCUCGGACAUCCGGGAGGGACUCGGAGUAGAGCCGCUGCUCCUCCACAUCGAGAGGAGCCAGUUGAGGUGGUUCGGGCAUCUGGUAAGGAUGCCUUCCGGAUGCUUCCCUUUGGAGGUGUUUCGGGCAUGUCCAACUGGGAGGAGACCGCAGGGCCACCCCAGGACACGCAGGAGGGAUUACAUUGCCCGGCUGGCCUGGGAACGCCUCUGGGUUCCCUCAGAAGAGCUGACAGAACUGGCUGGGGAGAAGACUGUCUGGGCUUCUUUGCUGAGGCUGCGACCCGGGCCCAGAUAAGUGGAAGACGACGAGUACGAGUACAAACUGUAUUCAUAUACAGAUGUCUGUUUAUAGAGUGGUGCAGGGAUCAGCCCUAAAACCUGGACAUGAAUUAGCAUUUUAGCACCUCGGUUCCCUUGUCUCAAAGUCAGUGGGUUUUCCAGUAGGUUUUUGGUUAGAUGCCUGAAAUAAGGUCUGUUACACAAGCUAAAGAGACUUUUGUUCUUUGUUACCAACAAAAAAAAAUUCAGUGAAUUCCCAAUUAGUAAAUUCUGAAGCUUUAAUGAGUCUUAAAAAAAAGGCGGUUGCCAAGAUGUGGCUAAAUGAGACAGCAGAACGCCAUCACACCGAAUUCUAUCCUUGUGGUGGUGACAUCCAAGUCAUGCAACUGUGGUGUAGUUUGCUUUUGUCUAACAUUAGCUUUUAACUUCUGGCGAUUGAAUUUACACUUCAGAUAUAAAAGUGAUGUUCAUUUCUGUGGAUAAUCUUGCUGAACAAAACUUUUGUUUGCCACAGAGGUUAUUGUCUGCAGUAAUCUAAAAUCCUAUAGAAAAAUCCUAUGAGCUUUUUGUCAAGGGAACCAGGGUGACGCUAACUUUCGCAUCGGUCUACAAAAAAAAAGGUCAUCCCUGUAGCACUCUACAGAGAUUAGAUGAAAUUCCCUGUUAUCCACUUGCUACACCGGAUCUCCCGAAAUAUUGCCCCCCUGGAACUUAAUGUCGUCUCGCUGAUGGGUUCAGAGAUUGGCGAAAACUCAACAUAUCUCCCAAGCUAUAUGAAAAUCUGAUAAUGCUCCUGGUUACACUUGAAUUUUGAACAUUUUAAGUCCAAGUACAGGCCUCAAGAGACAUAGAACAGCUAAAAGUUAUAUUUAUGCGUGCAUCAACUUUUUUUUAAUACCUGAACUCUUUUUUUGUCUCUGGGUGGGAUUCAGUCCACAGAAGGAUGUGAGCCAGUUGACAAAACGGUGCGUACAGAACAAUAAGCCACUGCAGGGUGUACUGAAUAGAACUCAUUUCAUCAGACAUUGUCCCCCUGGUGUAUAAUAA